AUGUCAAGAGAUACCCAUCUCCCCUCGAACGAGACUCAAUGGAAUCAAUGGGCAGUUACGCACGAGGUCUCCAAUUCGACAAUCCACGAUGCCAUCCUCACCUCUGCAUCCACCAUCAGUGAGAAGCAGUACUUGUUGCUCCAGGUUCUCUGGACUAAAAAUAAAGGUCAAAAUAUCGAUCUGGAACAUUACGAACUGGAAAAAUGGAAAAUAAAAGCGGACAAGCUGCUUGCGACGUUCAAAUCCUGGACCGACUACCGGGCAAGUUUCCAAAGCGGCCCUAUCCUUCAAGGGACAUUUGCCCUGGCUAGAAUGUAUCAGACCCGGGCUGCAGUCUCCACCGAUGAAACCUUCCAAUCGAACGUGGCAAUCUCGCCCAUUGCAAAUCGUACACGAUCCAAGGCGGGUGAAUCCAAAAUGAGUGACUUAACGCAAAGACUUCAACAACUACCAUAUCCCCAAACCCCAUCGAAGUCAACUGGGACACUGCCAGACUACUCAGAUGAUGAGGAGACUCCGGAUACCAGGGAUGGGGACACUCCCUUUUAUUCUGCAGGGCCUAAGGAGAUUGCAUAUCUGAUGUAUCCUCGGACGAAGGAUGAGCAGAUUGUCAACACCGCCCUGGUUGACUUCUUAAAUGCGCUGAGCAUGCACUUCCCUCAGGCGAGCAACUGGACCUUGCACCGCAAAUCGUUCAAGGCAGUGUUCGAACAUGCCUCCUUUGAAGCACGAACCGAUGGGUAUCUUGAGGAUACAGGAUCAGGGAGGGUACGGGCAUUGAUUGAAGUAAAGCCAAUGUUAAGGAGGAAGAAGCUAAAUCCUAUUCGCAUGCAAGAGUCUGCGCAGAUGGUUGCAUGGAUAAAAUCAGAUCCUGAUCACACUGGCGCUUUGAACCUCCCGGGCCAUCGUCUUCACGUAUCCCAGGACCGUCACCAGAUAUUCAUCACUUUCGCGGAGUAUGCCGACAGUUACAUUCAAUAUCUCAACGAUAUGCUCCCUGAGAAAUCACCCCGCCCGUUCCUCACAAUGCAUGAAUUCGGACCCUGGAAUACAACGUCCAGACGUGAUAUGGAGGCAGUUGGUGGCAUUCUGUUAGCGAUUGCCUUGCGGGCGUAUUCCGAUGCCGAAAAGAGUGGCUGA